AUGAGGAAACCUGUGGUUAUCGCCUUUUUCAUAACCAUAUGCUUCAUUGCUUUUGUCAUAUCCAAGAUUGUUAUCUCAAUCCUCCUCUAUAAGAGAUGGAAAAGAAAACAUGUCAUUUAUGAAGGUUAUACAGGAGGGAAGAUGGUGAUAUUCAGGUCCUCAAUCCUUAAAUCUUUAACAACUGAGAUGGUGUUAAAGAAGACACAGAAACUGAACAACAAGGACAUUAUUGGUUCUGGUGGUUACGGUGUAGUUUACGAACUAAAACUAAAUGAUUCCGCGGCCUUUGCUGUGAAAAGACUGAACCGCGGAACAGCAGAGAGAGAUAAAGGUUUUGAGAGAGAGUUACAAGCAAUGGCAGACAUAAAACACCGCAAUGUUGUGACUCUUCAUGGAUAUUAUAGUGCACCACACUACAAUCUUCUCAUAUACGAGUUAAUGCCUAAUGGAAGUUUGGAUUCCCUUUUGCAUGGGAAAUCGAUGGACAGGAAGGUUUUGGAUUGGCCAACAAGGCACAGAAUAGCUUUAGGUGCAGCUAGAGGAAUAUCGUAUCUUCACCAUGAUUGUAUCCCUCACAUUAUCCACAGAGACAUCAAGUCGAGUAAUAUAUUGCUGGAUCAAAAUAUGGAAGCUCAAGUUUCGGAUUUCGGGUUAGCUACACUGAUGGAACCAAACAAAACUCAUGUUUCAACGAUUGUUGCUGGAACUUUCGGAUACUUGGCUCCGGAAUAUUUUGAUACAGGAAGAGCAACAGUCAAAGGGGAUGUUUACAGUUUCGGAGUUGUGUUGUUGGAGCUUUUAACCGGAAAGAAACCUAGUGAUGAAGCAUUUAUGGAAGAGGGAACCAAACUUGUCACAUGGGUGAGAGCUGUUGUUCAAGAGAAGAAAGAGGAAUUGGUUCUUGAUAGUAGCUUAGGUUCAUGUUGUCCAAUGCAUGAGGUCAACAAGGUGUUCAACAUUGCAAUGAUGUGCCUUGAACCAGAUCCUCUGAAUAGGCCAACCAUGGCUGAAGUUGUCAACUUGCUCGAGAAAACCGACACAGCAUCCUGA